UCUUACUUAGUCAACAUGACAAAGCUAAUACUUUACGGCUUGGAAGCAAGUCCACCAGUUCGUGCCACCAAACUGACGUUGGCUGCCCUGGAUGUGCCCUAUACCUUUGUGGAAGUUAACACCCGGGCCAAAGAGAACCUUUCCAAAGAGUUUCUCCAGAAGAAUCCCCAGCACACUGUGCCAACUUUGGAGGAUGAUGGACACUUUAUCUGGGAUUCACAUGCAAUCAUUGCCUAUUUGGUAUCCAAAUAUGGAAAGACAGACAGUCUCUAUCCAAAGGAUCUCCUCCAGCGGGCUGUGGUGGAUCAACGAUUGCACUUUGAGUCCGGAGUAAUCUUUGCCAAUGGUCUAAGAAGCAUUACCAAGCCACUUUUUGCCGGCAAAUCAAUUAUCCCCCGGGAGCGUUAUGAUGCUAUUAUUGAGAUCUACGACUUUCUGGAAACCUUCCUGGCAGUUAAUGAUUAUGUUGCUGGAAAAACACUAACAAUUGCUGACUUUAGUAUCAUUUCCACCGUAACUUCACUAGAGGCCUUUGUCAAGGUGGACACGGCUAAGUAUCCUAAGGUGACUGCCUGGAUCAAACGACUGCAAAAGCUUCCCUACUACGAGGAGGCCAAUGCCAAAGGAGUUCUUAUAUUUGAAUCCCUUAUUAAGGACUCUAACUUCGCUUUCGAAUCGUAGAAGAUUCCUUUAAUUAUAUAAAAAUACAAUAAUAAAAUCUAAAAAAUAUACAUAAGCAAAAGA